AUGUCAGAAUCCAAACUGCUACCACAAAUUCUCAUCCAUCAUGCUACAGAGCAUUGCGAGAGGGUGGCAUUCUCUGGUCCAGGAUGGGCAAUAACUUAUGGAGAACUUGAAGAACGAACUAGGCGCAUAGCAGCUCAUUUGGUUAAUGCCGGUAUAGGGCGAGGACAUUUUGUGGCUAUACUGCUUGGUCGAUGUGUACAGGCUAUCGAAUCCGUGCUCGGAAUCACACGAGCAUGUGCCGUCGGAGUGCCACUUGAUCCUCGCUCCCCAACACCGGAGCUGGCUAAGCUCUUGACGCAUUGCGAUGCCAAGGUUGUGAUAACGGAUAGCCGCCACUUUGCCACAGUCAGCAAUGCUGUUGGGGCAGGCACCCUCAUUGUCCUAACCAACGACGUUCCCAAUGUAUACGCUAUGGCAGGUGGAAGUCCAGUCGUGAAAUAUCGAGACUGGAUUGAAGACGACAAGUGCUCGACCUUGGGCAUGAGUAUUGAUGGCCUUGGAGAGGAAGAAGCGGCCUUUUUGCACUAUACUUCGGGGACAACAGAUUUGCCGAAAGGAGUACUGUCAAAUCAAAAAAGUAGACUGUGGAGUGCCAACAGCCUUAUCUCAGCGCUUGACUUGACGCCUGAAGACCAGAUCUACUGUCCUCUCCCCCUGUUCCAUAUCUUGGGCUAUUUAGUAUGCCUAAUCACCACCGUGGUCGUGGGUGCCAGCGUGUACAUCCCGGAUGCUGGACAGACACCGUUGGACGGCCUCAAGGACAUGCAAGCUCGGGAGACGACUAUUAUCGUGGGGGCGACCACUACCUUUCACGGUUUGAUUGACGCAGUCAAGGCAGCAAACACGGUGCCAUUCCCGUCUCUACCAAAGUUACGAGCAUGCAUUUCCGGGGGUUCUCCAUUGCCUGCACCCAUGAAGGCUCAGGUUGAAGAACUGCUUGGUGCUACUCUGCUGAACAACUAUGGCUGUACCGAAGCCGGCUUUAUCGCUACUAGCAAGCUGACUCAAACAUAUCACCACAAUUCAAGCAUGGCAUUGCUUCCACACCACGAAAUUAGGCUGGUAGACACAAAUGGAAAUCAAGUCAAACAGGGCGAACAAGGCGAGAUUUGGAUACGUGGUCCUGGAUUAAUGAUCGGAUACCACAAAGACGUUGAGACGGGCUUUGGAGCGGAUGGGUGGUAUCCUACCGGAGAUGUAGCAGUUAUCUCUAGCUCAGCAUCUGGGACGGAUUUGACCUUGGUUGGUAGGAGAAAAGAGCUCAUCAUUCGAGGAGGUGAAAAUAUUCAUCCACGCGAGCUCGAAGAUAUUCUUCUUCGGCAGCCGGGCGUCGUCGAUGUUGUCGUGGCUGGCAUGCCGCAUAAGCUGCUUGGAGAGGUGCCUGUUGCCUUUAUCGUGAGAAGCGCUGCUGAUAUUGAUUUAUCUGACUUGCUUUCUGCGUGCCGUAAAGUCUUGCCAGAUUACAAGGUACCCACGGCAUUCUACGAGAUUGAUCAGGUCCCUCGAACCGUCAUUGGUAAACCGAAAAGGUCAGCCGUGACUUCAUACACAAACAGACCACUGGCCGUUCGGUACAAAUUGCAGUCGAAAGACUCGGUGGAGUCGCUGGUGAUUGCGGAAACAAUUGCAGCAUGUUCUAUGAACGUUGGGGAAAGAGAAUCCAAUGUCAAGUGGCUCCAUCAACACUUUAACCAGCCUUUUUCGUUUCUGGGACUGAAUUCGAUGGCUGGGGUGGUUCUUCGGGACCGGCUUGCCAGCCUUACUGGGAUUGAUAGUCUCCCUAACACUCUUGUGUUUGAUUAUUUCACACCAGCAGCAUUGAGCGAGUACCUCUACAGCCGAGUCCUGCAACGAGAGUCAACGUUGCCAAAGUCUCCAAGUGCUACUCCAUCAAAUGGGGGAGCUGAGCCGAUCGCCAUCAUAUCCAUGGCCUGUCGGUAUCCCGGAGGAGUUUCUUCGCCUGAAGACUUAUGGCAGCUAGUCUUGGAUGAAGUAGACGCUACCACUGAAUUUCCCAGUGAUCGUGGGUGGGAUCUUGAGGCACUAUACAACACGAAUCCCGAUAUGCCCAAUACAUCAAUAACGAAACGCGGCGGCUUUCUGCCUGACUUCGCCCAUUUCGAUGCUGGACUAUUCGGCAUGGCACCACGUGAAGCUCUAGCAACCGAUCCCCAGCAACGAUUAUUACUGGAGACCACAUGGGAAUUGGCAGAACGAGGGAAUAUUCCACCACUGUCGUUGCAAGGUAGUCAGACAGGUGUAUUCAUUGGCACGCUGUACGAAAACUACGACGAAAAUGGCAUUGGAAAUGACGCAUUGGAAGCACAUAUUACCAUUGGUUCAUCCAGUAGCGUACUCUCUGGACGUGUAUCGUAUUGUUUCGGUCUUCAUGGUCCAUCAGUAGCCAUCUCAACUGGUUGCUCGUCGUCGAUGGUAGCAAUACAUCAAGCAGCGCAAGCUCUGCGCAAUGGCGAGUGCGACCUAGCAGUUGCAGGAGGAGUUACGACAAUGGCAAACCCACGACCAUUCACCACAUUCAGUAGGCGUCGCGGCUUGUCCUUGGAUGGACGGUGCCGGGCGUAUUCGAGUGAAGCAGCUGGUACUGGGUGGUCCGAGGGCGUGGGGCUGGUCCUCCUGGAGCGAUAUUCAGAAGCUAAGCGUCACGGCCGUCAGAUUCUCGGCUUGAUCCGCGGCUCAGCCGUGAACUCUGAUGGAAAAUCUAAUGGCCUCACGGCACCAAACGGUGCUGCCCAGCAAAUGUGCAUAAACAGUGCGCUGACGCAGGCAGGCUUGUCACCAGAUAGUAUUGACGUGCUUGAAGGCCACGGCACCGCAACACCCCUGGGCGACCCCAUCGAGAUACAGGCUGUGAUCUCAUCUUAUGGCAAUGGCUACGGCAAUGACAAAGUCAAUAUGACUCACCGCUCUUCACCGUUGUUGCUUGGAUCAAUCAAGUCUAAUAUCGGUCAUACACAGGCAGCAGCGGCAGUCGCAGGAGUCAUCAAAAUGGUCCAAGCUAUACAUCAUGGCGUCGCUCCUGCAUCGUUGCAUAUUCGGGAACCCUCACAACAUAUCAACUGGGAAGGAUGUGGGGUUGAAUUGCUCAGCACAGCCAGGCAGUGGCCGUCUGUGGGAAGAGCAAGGCGAGCAGCGGUGUCUUCGUUCGGUAUUGGGGGUACUAACAGUCAUAUAAUUCUGGAGCAGCCUGAGCCAGCCGAGCUGAAAGUUGCAAACUCCAGAAAUACCUCUGCCGCAUUUCCUUGGCUCAUCUCUGGUGCAAGUGAAGCUGCUUUACGUGCACAGGCGCGCUCAUUGCUGGAGGCUUGGUGCCAAACAGACAACUCCAGGCACAACCAGGAUCCUGCCAAUGUUGCGUUCACACUUGCCACGGCGCGAUCCGCUCUGAAACAUAGAGCCACAAUCACAUAUUCUUCAGACCAGAAUUUGUUCGAGAAUGAUAUUGAAACAAGACUCGAUAUCCUUGCACGAGGCGAACGACACCCCGAGGUUGUGACCGCAGAAACGAAUACGGGUGAUAAGCCUCGCCUCGCGUGCUUAUUCUCGGGUCAGGGCAGUCGAAUGCCUUGUCUCGACGAUAUCGAAGGGCUAUGCACUACUUUCCCUAUUUUCGGCAAGACUUUCAAGGAAGCCUGUGACGAAAUCGACCAGCAUUUGGAAUGCCCGAUCGUACACGCCAUGAGUGAUAGUAGCGGUAGACUGCAAGACCGUGUCGAUUUCGCACAAGCCACUCUUUUCGUGUUUGAGGUGGCCAUGUUUCGCCUGUUGGAAUCCCUAAAUAUCCUACCAAAUUUUGUGGUUGGACAUUCUCUUGGCGAGAUCGUCGCAGCACAUGUCUCCGGUGAUCUAUCAUUGCGUAACGCUGCCACUAUCGUCGCUGCGCGAGCAAAGCUCAUGGCCACUCUACCUCCCGAGGGUGCUAUGGCAAGUAUAUCAGCUACAGAAGAGGAGGUCGCCAAGGAGCUGUCGCAGUUGGAAAACACUGUCGCCUCAAUAGCGGCUAUCAACUCACGGAAUUCGGUGGUAGUCUCUGGCACUCUGGCGGCUGUCAACGACAUCAGAGACAGAUUCACCGGUCUAGGGCGAAGAGCCACCCAAUUACGCAACAUCAAGCAUGGCUUUCAUUCCCCAAUGAUGAAUGGCAUGCUAUCCAAUCUGGAGGCAGAACUGAUGGCAUCAAUGGAAAGUGAGAAGCUGAUGACAGGAGAAAAAUUGACAACCAUACCACUUAUCUCUACUGUUACGGGCAAACGAGCUCAUGCAGCCGAACUUGGAUCCGCAAAGCAUUGGGUCCGUCAUGUGAGUGCGCCGGUUCGUUUUGCAGAUGCUGUCAACGAACUCGAAUCCAAUGAAAAUAUCUCCAUCUUUGUGGAGAUAGGCCCGUCCGCAGUCCUGUCACCACAUGUAACAGGCAGCGUCAGCACACAUAGCACAGUAGACAAAUUGCUGGCCACCCUUGGCCAGCUUUGGGCUCGUGGUAUUCCGAUUGACUGGAAGGCUGCCUUUGAUGGAAAUGGAGCCCAUCUUGUGAACUUGCCGGUCUAUGCUUUCCAAAGACAAAAGUACUGGCUUCCAUAUACUCCACUCUUGCCGGCUACAUCUGUAGGAUCAUUCACGGCACAGGCACAGGCACAACGACCAAUUGUUCACAGUCCAGUGCUGGAGCAUGGGAUGCUUCAAAGUGCCACAUCUAUCCCGGGGACAAGCAAAAUUAUUUGUUCCGGCUACCUAUCAACAGCCCGACAGCCUUGGCUUCGUGAUCAUACUAUAGAUGGUCAGUUGCUUGUUCCAGCCACGGCAUUUACCGAACUAGCUAUGCGGGCUGCCCAAGAAUGUUCAGAAUACUCCACGCCUGCGCGGAUGAUAUUGGAUGAGGUGACUGUUGUUGCGCCGCUGGAAUUUUCUUUGGAUAAAGAAGCGCAAAAAGAGGAGUCUGAAGAACUUCACAUCCAAAUACUCAUCGGGGAGUCACAGCCUGGAGAUGAGAACGGCGAUAUACGAAGGACCAUCGAUAUUUAUUCACGCCCCAACGGCGUUGCAACGCAGCAUGAGUGGACGCAACAUGCCACAGGUGCUUUCACGCUGAUAUCGGAGGCAAAUCCCAGUCACGAUGAGCUUGUAGCCGGUACAGUUCCAACCGACACAGAGCCAGAAGUGGACGUUCGCAAAGCAUAUGCCGUCUUGAAUGACGGAGGCGUCAGAUAUGGGCCAUCGUUUCAAGGCGUACGUGCAAUCUGGCGCCUGGGUGAGAAGGACGUGCUAGCACAAAUCUGCUCACCUCUGAGUGAAGGCCAAAAGUCAACUUUCGCUUUGCACCCAGCCGUUUUUGAUGCUGCAUUGCAUGCUUCAAGCCUUGCUUCACCUGAAAAAGUUGCUAAUGGCGAUGUUUUGCUGCCCUUUUCUCUCCGAGGAGUUCAGAAUCUUGCGGCAGCGGAAUCUACUGGUCCGAUCUUAGCACACAUCAGUCACAUUAGCGAGGACCGUUUUUCCCUGAUUUUGACCAAUGAGGCGACUGGUGUAGUGGUUACCAAAGUUGCUGAAGUGAGGUUGCGCGCGAGGCGGCCUGCCGAAUCCAGAGGUGCUUUAUACCACUUGCAAUGGAUUGAACCUGAGUCUCAGUCCGUGAAAGCUACAACGCUAGAUCGGAUUGUUCGCAUCCAGAGUUCCCACAAUCUUGAGUCGACAGCAGUCGUCCCGGCCGUCCAUGAAGCUAUCGCCGCGGUGAUCAAGGUCGUGCAUGAAUGGAGGACUCAGAUGGCGAAUACUGUCGACGGAUAUCGCCUUGUAUUCGUGACGGAGAGGGCAAUCUCAAUGGGUAACAAUUCCAAUAUUGAUCUUGUUGCCGCCGCUGUAUGGGGGUUUAUACGAUCUGCUCAGGCAGAGUUCGGAAUGAAUCGUAUAGUGCUUGUCGAUUUGGAUGGGUCAGACGAAUCUGAAAUGGCUUUAUCAAUUGCUUCCAGAGACGAGGAAGUUUUCGUUUUGCACCAUGGACGGAUUAUGGUCCCCAGAUUGAGCAGACUGGCUACAUCACCAGCGGAAGCUCGCCAAACUACAACACUUGACGUCAGUGGGACCGUCCUGAUCACUGGUGGUACGAAUGGACUUGGUGCCCUGCUGAGUCGAGACAUUGUGCACAAUCAUGGUGCCAAGAGUUUACUCCUCAUCAGUCGAUCGGGCAUCGCAGCGCCAGGAGCGCGCGAUCUGUACGAAGAGUUGAGAGCUGCCAAUGCCGCCGUGCGUAUCGAGGCAUGCGAUGUCAAUGACCGCGCUCAUUUGGCCACGUUGAUUGAGAGCCGCGACUUGUACCCGCCAAUCACUGCCAUUGUACAUUGUGCAGGUGUAGUAGAUGACGCGCUAUUGGGUUCCCAAACUACGGAGCUGGCAUCUCGUGUGCUACGUCCCAAGGUCGACGGUGCAUGGAACCUUCACGAACUCUCACCGGAUACCGUGCGCUCUUUUAUCCUCUUUUCGUCAUUUUCCAGUGUCUUUGGUAAUGUAGGCCAGGCUGCAUAUACGGCAGGGAAUGCUUUCCUUGAUGCCUUGGCCCACUUCCGACUCGGACGUGGACUGCCUGCGCUAUCGUUGGCUUGGGGCCCAUGGGAGAAUGAGACUGGAAUGGCCGCCGAGAGUAGACUACCGGCAAAGGCGAUUGCAUCACGACUCGCUAAUGCACAGCCGCUCACAGACCGUCAAGGUCUUGACCUGUUUCACGAGUCGCUCCGGGCACACUCUAAAGCAUUACCCCAGCCAGUCCUUCUGCCGUUGCUGCUGCGCGGGGCGUUGCCUAUUGCGAUGUCAUCUGAUGUGGCAUUCAAGACCAAGAAGUCUCAUGUCAAAGGUCGAUCAAGAGAACGGACUACGUUUCUCAGAAAUUUGCACGCUGCAAACUCGCCACAGGACCGUUUCAACACCCUGCUGGGGCUACUUCGAGAUGAAAUUGCUGCAGUACUGGGAUAUCAGAGUCAAUCUAUGCUUCCGGAUAAGCGACUCGACGAUCUCGGCUUUGACUCUUUUACUUCUGUCUUGCUCACCAAUCGAUUGCGGACCUUGACUGGGUUGAAUUCCCUUUCAGUUACGCUGGCGCUGGAUUAUGAUACCCCCCAAGCACUGGCACGAUACUUGGAGCCACUCAUAGAAACAGAACUACGGCUGGCGGUUGACUUGGAUUUGAGUGAUUCCGCGGUCGACGGGAUGACCGCGGCCGCGGAAGAACAUCAAAAUGAAACCAAGUCAAACACUACGCCAACUCCAACUACUUUGGCUCUUGAUGACCCGGCCGUUGUCAAGCCCGAGAUAUUUGGAAGCCUGGCCUCCAUUCACAGACGACUGUGCUUGUUGGAACAAUAUAUUGCCGCAGCUGCUCUUCUAGACGCAGCUGCGUUAGCAGUCCCGACCUUUCCAGAAGUCGGAUCAAUCAUGUCAAGCUACGCAACAGUUCCUCAAUGCCUCACGAACAGCCCCUCGAGUUUUAAGACCUCGGAUACGCCUGUGGUGUUUAUCCCGGCUUUCACCCCGACUAUCAGAGUCGGUGGGGCCAGUCUCAGUAUGUACAGCCAUCUGGCAUCAGCAAUGAAAGGGAAAAGGGAAGUCUUCGAGUUGCCGCACCCCCAAGGGCCAUAUGUUCCUCAAGAUCUUGAUACGUUGGCGGAGCUGCACGUAAGCACAAUUCGAAUGCACUUCUCAGACAGACCUGGGAUUAUCAUUGGUGGUUACUCUGCUGGAGGCGUUGUUGCAUACGUCGUGGCAUCUAAACUAGCCAAAGUUGAUGGGCAACAACCUCGGCUAGCCGGUUUUGCUAUGAUUGAUACCUACCUCAAUGUGACAGGGAGUGAAAAUGAUCCAGACUGGCUGAUAGCGUUACCUGCCAACGUGUUCACUGCUCGUCUCGGAGGGCUCAGAUCAGGAAACUUCACAGGCACAAGCGGCGGAAGUUUUGUUGAAGAUCUGGAUCUGGAAUUAGCGAAAGUGGGUGGGUAUACCAGGACGCUGCGAGGUUGGAACGUAGAGCUGAACCCUCUGCCCGACACACUGUCAACGCUCUUCGUACGUGCCCGAGAUCGGUCGGAUAAGAUGCCGAUGGACGAAUGGAGUGCCAAGUGGCCGCGUGCCAACUUUACAGUUGAUGUCAAUGGAAGCCAUUUAAAUUUACUGGAGAAGUCAUACGCCCCUGCUAUCGCUGUUGAGAUUGAACAUUGGAUUGGCGAGCACUUGAGACUUUAG